UGCCCUGCGGCACGGGGGGCCGAACCCGGAAGUUCUGCGCCGAGUUCCUGGUUGCCAACGAGUCCCAUGCAGAGUGGAUGGAAGCCGGCGAGAUGGCGGCGUCCGGCCAAGCGCUAUGCCUCUUCGAUGUGGACGGGACCCUGACGGCCCCGCGACAGAAAAUUACCGAAGAAAUGGAUGGCUUUCUACAGAACUUGAGACAGAAGAUCAAAAUUGGCGUAGUAGGCGGGUCGGACUUUGAGAAAGUGCAGGAGCAGCUGGGAAAGGAUGUGGUUGAAAAAUAUGAUUAUGUGUUUCCUGAAAAUGGCCUAGUAGCAUACAAAGAUGGGAAACUCUUGUGUAAACAGAGUAUUCAGGGUCACCUGGGCGAGGCCCUAAUCCAAGAUUUAAUCAACUACUGUCUGAGCUACAUUGCGAAAAUUAAACUCCCGAAGAAGAGGGGUACUUUCAUUGAGUUCCGAAACGGGAUGUUGAACGUGUCCCCGAUUGGGAGAAGCUGCAGCCAAGAAGAGCGCAUUGAGUUUCAUGAACUCGAUAAAAAAGAAAAUAUCAGACAGAAGUUCGUAGCAGACCUGCAGAAAGAGUUUGCAGGAAAAGGCGUCACGUUCUCCAUAGGAGGCCAGAUCAGCAUUGAUGUCUUUCCUGAUGGCUGGGACAAAAGGUAUUGCCUGAAACAUGUGGAAAAUGACGGCUAUAAGACCAUCUAUUUCUUCGGGGACAAAACCAUGCCGGUCCGUCCUCUAGAAGGUGACUCUGAUCGUGUCCCCAGGUUGCAGCUUUGUGGGUGGCUUCACAUAAAAUCCCAAGUCCUUACCUCCCUGGCCUAGCCGGCCACUGAGCCGCCUUCCUGGACAUGGCUUGUCCCCUCACUUCCUCUGUUCAUGGGCGCCUCCUUUGUCCCCCCCGGGGUUUUCUUCCUCUCUGUUCUCUGCCCUGAGGAGUUGUUCACCUCCAUCUCCUGCCCUCUCCCCGCCCCCCAACGCAAGCUGUGAAGGCUGCCCCUACCUUGGUUUGCCCGACAGGUAGGGCAGGUAGUAGGUGCUCCCCGGGCUGGUUGGGUUCAUGCGUGUAUACAGACUCCUCCCUCCUGAGUGAGUGAGUGACAGAGUGAAUGUGUCCCCGAUAGAUGUUUGGUUUUUCUGGAUAGUGCACAAAUCUGUUUUUACUAUGUUAGGUUCUCUGCAGUGGUUUUUACCCCCUGUGCUAUUUGUAAGAGGAAUCUAACUUUGAUUCUAAGAAUUACACGAACUGGUUUCACAUCUACUUGCUUGGUGGGGAGCACAUGAUGGGGAUGACGCUCAGAGCUGACCCUGAGCCCCUUGACAGCACAGAAAUCUGUGAGGCCAGGGCAGGACCCCAGUAGCUCCCCCAGUCGGCACUGGGAAGGGACCUUCCCAGACGUGGCUCCAAGUUCAUGGCCCCCUAACCUGACUCCUCCACCUGGCACACUUAGGGCCCCAGCAGCAGCCCAUCCUGAAGUUUGGGGAGAAGUUAUUCUCACAACAAUGAGAGCAGUAGGAAUUACUGUGUCCACGAGUCCUAUAAAGGGACGUCAGAUUUUUCCUAUAGAAUCCUUAGGAGAAGCAAAGCAGGGGUUUUCCGGCAGCUUGGGGUGCGGGAGCAGCAGGAAACCUACUUCGUCCAUCCGAGACCAGGGGUGGGAUGGGGAUGCCGCACGGACUGGAGGACCUGCAACUACGGGACCCCCCCAGGUACACGGCCCAGCAGAAGCAGUCUUGCACUCCACUCUUGGAAGUGGCCCAGGAGAAUGGAUGUGUGCACACGCCUGGAGCCACAUGAGCUGAGGGGCAGGUGCUGACCUGGUGGCCCCCACUGUGCUGCGGGCGGGGUGCGGCGCUACCCCCCGUCCAGCAGCUGGCUCACCCCUCGUCUGUGGUACAGGCAGGGUCGACACCUGGGCGCCAGACUCACACAGCAAACACAGGGACUAUUUAAACGAAUCAAAAUCAAAUAAACUUGUUCCUCUGUCGCCCUGGCCACAUGCUAUCACGUGCUCAGUAGUCACCUGUGGCUGCUGCCAGCUCGGAGGCUGGCGUGUCCGUGUCACAGCAAGUUCCAAUGGCAGCGCUGCGGUGGGCUGUCAGCCCUGCCACACUGCCUGUGAGAAGAGCUUGGGCACGCACGGUUAGCACACGGCAGCAGAGAGUGCUGUCACCUGCCAUGCUUGCUUUAUAGAAAAAUGAGCCUCAGACAGAUCUUCACAAGAGCGUCGUGAUUCCUUUCAUAGGCAUAAUUACACGUUCCAAGCUAAAUUGCAGUUCAAGGGAAGGUGAUAAAGCCUUUCUCGGUAAUGACCGUACUCGGGUUGUUCCUCUCCCAGGGGCUCAGGUAACGGAAGCCAGCCUCCCCGCUGGUAAAAUCACCAAUUCCUCAGCUCCCUGGCCACCCGCGCCCAGGAGAAGCGAGGCGCCCACAUCUUUGUGUA